CAACAAACCGUCACGUCCUUUUCGCCAUAUAACAACCCCUUACCCGCUCCCGUCAAAGUCUUUCCCCCCAAUAACUUUCAUCCCAUCUUCUCUCGUCUCAUCCCAACUCAAAAAUGAAGAUCCACCUCCCAACGGCUAUUCUCGCAUGCCUCCCUUUCUCAACUGCGUGGGGGUCUUUGGGCCAUACAACUGUAGCAUAUAUAGCCUCGAACUUCGUCUCACCACCAACCACUCUACUGUUCCAAUCCAUUCUUUACAAUGAUACUGAACAUUAUCUCGCCAAUAUCGCAACGUGGGCUGAUAGUUUUCGAUAUACGGCAGCGGGGAGAUUUAGCGGACCGUUGCAUUUUAUUGAUGCGAAUGAUGAACCGCCAUUAUACUGCGGUAUAAAGAUGGAGAGAGAUUGUGCUACUGAGGGAUGUAUUAUUGGAGCUGUGGCGAAUUAUGUAAGCUCUUCUUAGGAUUUAAAAGGGGCGAAGGGGUUUGGUAAUGGAAAGGUUGUGCUGACCAUAAUUUAGACGAGACAGUUACUUGACCCGAGUACGCCUACUGGAAUGCGCAAUAUGGCUGCAAAGGUAUGUGUAUAUAUGGUAUCCCCUAAUUCUAUGAAGCAUGCUAACGAAACUAGUUUAUUGUUCACGUGAGUUUCUCAAAAACUUUAUCCAAUUGUACUGUACCUAUCCACCCACUCAUAUAGACAGUUGUAUAUGCUUCUUCUAUAAUGGCCAUUUGGCUGAGACACAAGUGUUGUACUAAUUACGUUAAAUUUAUCCAUCACAAAUUACCCUCCCUUCCACAUUUCAAUAGAGGCAUUUCACGCCUAUUUGUACUUUGCAUGUCUUCUAUGAUGUGAAAACAUGACUUACACCGACAGUUUCUCGGCGAUAUUCACGAACCACUGCACACUGAGGCGCUCCUACGAGGUGGUAACUCCAUCCCCGUGCUCUUUGCAACCCACCUCACCAAUCUUCAUCAUGUAUGGGAUACCUCCAUCCCCGAAACUCACAUUGGUGGCUACGGUCUCGCCUUCGCUCAAGCCUGGGCCACAAAUCUUACAGACUUCAUCCAAAACGGAAUCUACAAGUCACAAGCUGAGAACGAAUGGCUCAAAGGAAUGUCUCUCGAAGACCCAGAAAGUAGUGCGUUGAUUUGGGCUGGAGAGUCUAAUGCCUAUGUGUGUUCGACCGUAUUGCCGGAGGGAAGAGAAGGCGUGGAGAAUAUGGAGUUGAGUGGUGAGUAUUUUGAGGCUGCUGUUCCAGUUGUGGAGACUUUGGUUGCCAGAGCUGGGUAUAGGUGAGAAUCCCCGCCGUGUUGUCUAGAAAAGUUUGACUGAUCCAGUAUAGGCUUGAAAAGUGGUUGGAUUUGAUUGCUGUGAGGGCUGCCAGGACGGAAUUGUAAAUCAGUAUGCAAUAGAGGUUAGAACGAAUCCUUUAGCCAAUGCAUUUUAUAUCUGGUCUGGAAGGGAU